CUUCAAUUGAUGCUAUAAAGCUCAACUCGAAUUCUUGCCACUAGUGGACUGUGCUUCAACUUGGCUUCAGCUUGGUUUCAAAGUGCUGUGGAAUACGCUUUAAAUGCUUCUUGGGCUACAGUACUGCCAAAAACAGAAGCAGACCAACAACAGCAAAAACAAAAACAAAAAAAAGGCGAUUUCGUUGACCCAAAAUGUCGGAGCUGAGCCCAACUGGAUAUAGUUGGUUGGCGCUGGCCUAGAAAAUGUCAACAUCGUGAAUCAUGUGCUCUACGCAUUGAGGUGGAGACACACACACACAGAUCGUUACACAACACAGCAGAACAGAGAACAGAGAACAGAACAGAGAGCAAAACAGACAGCAGAACAGAACAGAACAGAACGAACACUAUUACACUAUACAACACGGUGCGAACUGUACAAUGGUCAUCCAGUGCACAUGCGAUUGCAAUUGCAGUGAUAGAGAGAACCGCAGCUCCUGUUUGCCACGCCUUACGCUGCGACUACGUGCCACGCCCCUGGAUGCUGGCAAUGAUAUGGAGCAUCGUUUGUCCUACUAUCGCCGGCUAUCGAAUACCUCAUCAGCGCUCUACGGCAGCUGUCCCCAAUUGCUGCCCGUUGGCCAAACGUGCCAUAGCCACAGCCAGAAUCAGAAUCAGAGUCAGAGUCAGAGUCAGAGUCAGAGUCAGCUGCAGAAUCUGAGUCGCAGCCUGGAGCAAGAGCAGGAGCAGGACAGGGAGCGUGAGCUUAGGCCAUAUUCGAGUCUGGUGCGCACCAAGCACAGAAGCUCCGUGCUGUGCAACAAAUGCGCGCUGUGACGAAGAUACAACCUAAGCUGUGAGCAUCCCGAGUCGCAACAACCGCAACUGCAUCCACAUCCGCAACAAGGCCGCAACAAGCCAGCGCCAGCAAAAGAGACAGCCGCAGCUGCAGCUGCAGUCAACGGCCCAGAGGCUCGGCAGGAGGCAGCCGCCACGCUCAGCACACCACGAUAUUUGUGUGCCGAGUGCCGAUUUAACAACCAGCCGCUGGCCUGGUGGGUCUCAUGUCCGCGUCUCUCCAAUCUGCCCGCUGAACAGCCUCAAAUGCCAACGCCAGCAAUGCCGUCACAGCCAGCAACAGCUCAGUCACAGGCCCAGGGCCAGGCACAGGCACAGGCACAGUCCCAGGGCCAGGCCCAGACCCAUCAUUGCCAUGCCCCGAAUCCGGCCCGCUUUCCACUGCAGCCAGGCAACGCCAAGCGGCAUUGUGACAAUUUUGGCAGUUAUGCAACAUUGCCCAGCAUCGAGCAGCAGCUCCAUCAUGCGCCCAGCUAUGGGAAUGUGGCCUGCAGUCGACAUUGCGCGACCUCCUCAAUGCCGCCGCAACCGGAGCCGCCGCCACCGGCCUCCAGCCUGCGCUGGUAUGCGCCGGACGGUGCCAAUCCCAAUGCCAACCUGAAUCCCAAUCCCAAUCCCAGUUUGAAUGCUUGUUGUUACGUUUACAAUCCGACGCCCCACUACGCCCCCGAGCUCUGCGUUUGCGAUAAUUGGUAUCACCAGCACCAACAGCAGCAGCAGCAGCAGCAGCAGCAGCAGCACAGAGGCAUCCCGCCGCCUCCUAAGCCACUUAUGCCCAACGGCGGCUGCUACUUGGGCUUUGACACUGCCCACCAUCCCAGCCACAUCACCGACGAGGAGGACUCGGCGUUUCCGGCACUCGCCGAUCGUGAGUUCCAUUUGCUGCAUCGCAACAUCCCAGCGCUGCGUCGCACGGGUGUGGACACAACACGCAUACGACAGUACUUCUACCCGGACGGCGGCUGGGGCUGGAUCAUCUGUGGCGUCUCCUUUCUGGUGCACAUUCUCACCACGGGCCUCCAGCUCAGCUAUGGCCUGUUGCUGUUCUACGCCGUGCAGCAUUUGCAUAACACAGGUGGCAUAGAGCUCUUGGGCGCUCUGAGCUGGUCCAUCUCGAUGCUGGCCAUACCGUUUGUGGUCUCUCUGUGCCGGAAACGCUCCAUACGUCUGCUCUCGAUUGUGGGGGGCCUUGUGAUGCCGCUGGGCAUUCUGUUCACAUCAUUUGCCACGGAAUUCGGUCAGGUUGUUUUUAGCUAUGGCAUCGUCUUUGGCAUUGGCGUUUCCAUGGUGCGUGAAGCCUCCACCGUGAUGCUGGGCAAUUACUUUAAGCGUCGCCGGCAAUUCGUCGAAAUGGUGGCCAUGUCCGGCGAGGGCGUUGGCAUCGCUUUGUUCUCCGUCAUCCUGAAGGAGGGCGUGGGCAAGGCCGGCUGGCGCCUGGGACUGCAAAUCGUUGCCGCACUCACGGCGCUCAGCUUUUUCAUGGGCCUCAUGUAUCGACCGGCUUCCCUAUACCAUCCGCAACGCCGUGCCAUUCAACAUCUCAAAAAUCAACGCAAAAAGCUGCGCGAGAAGAAGCCCAAACUGACGCAGGAAGUGGAGUCACCCACUAAAUACUUAUUCCUGGACAUAUCAUCAUUGAAAUCGGCGACAGUUAAGAUCCUAUUGAUGACUUCCAGUGUGGCUGCCUUUGGCAUCUAUACGCCCAUGUUCCUGAUGGCCCUCAAUGCUGCCAAGGAGGGCUCCGAUGUGCAGGAGCUGGUGCUGCUGCAAACCUUUCUGGGCAUCUCCAUGGCCCUGGGCGUUGUGCUGGCCGGCGCUCUGCUGCGUCGCUGCUUUGUCAUACGACAAUUUGUGAUCAAUACCAAAAUUGUUGCGCAGCUGUUUAUAUCCAUUGUGGCGCUGGCCAUACUAUUCCUAUCCUUUGUCAUGGGCUACAAAGGACUCUGCAUACUCAGCUGGCUGUACGGCAUCGGGCUGGGUGGCUUUCAGUACUCGCUGAAGAUUUUGGCACUGGAGCGCAUCAAGCUGAAGCACUUCUCAAAGGCCUGGGGCUUCAUACGGGGCGUCGAGUCGGUGCCCGUGCUGAUUAGUGUGCCCCUCACCUCGUUUCUCAAUGACUAUUCGCUGAAGUAUGGACGAGCUGGCUAUUAUAUAUGCUCUGCGGCGGCUGCUAUCUCGGGCAUCAUCAUCUUCUUCAUUAGCGAGUCGCAGGACCAGCAGCAUCAGCAGCGCGGCAAUCUCAAUGGGCAUCUGCCGACGCCGAUGCUGAUGCGGCACUCCUCGGCGCGCCACCAUCGGCCGAACCUGCACUUGGAUUAUGGCUAUGGCGAAUAUCCCGCUCCCGAUUUGCUCAGCCGUAGCUGCAUUAGUUUGAAUCAAAUGGAGCCUUAUCUGCAGGCCAGCAAUCCCCACUAUUGUCAACGUCACAUGCUGCAACAGCCGCUUGCCACGCCCACGCCCACGCCACAUCAUCAUCAUCUGCCUGUCCAGCAUAUGCAUUCGCAUUUACAUCAGCAUCCCCAUCCCCAUCCGCAUCCGCAUCAGCAUCAGCACUCACACCAGCAUCCACAGCCGCAUUCACAUCCGCAUCCGCAUCCGCAUCCUCAUCCCCAGCAGUUGGGCUGCCACAAUCUGGACAUGCAGCCGGCCCGCCUGCCCUAUCAGCUGGGCCAGGGCAGCAUCGGCGCCAAGAUGGGCAAGCGACUGCAGCGCAGCCUCUCCUUCAUCCAGCAGCACAACUGCUGCGACGGCCAGAUGUACUGCAGCUGGCACAGCACCUACGAGCUCGGCUGUCGCAGGUCGCCCAAAUCUCAGGACAGGCAGCCACUCAUAUGUACUUGCAGUCCCAACUCGACCACGUAUGGAGGAGGAGGCGGCGUCGGCGGCGGCAGUUCGGCACGCAGUCGCAGCGUGCCAGAGGGCCUAUCGACCAUGUCGCAGCAGUGUAACUGCCGUCAUGGGGCCGGCCUGGCAGCUGGGGCUGGGCCAUCCCGUGAGUUUAUCUACGUGCCGCACGCCUACGCCUCAUUGCAGCGAACGCCACAUCGACAGAGUCGCCAUGCCGGAACAGGAGCAGGAGCAGGAGCUGGCAGCAGCUGUCAGGCAUCCAGAAGCAAUCCGCAAUGCCGGCUGAAGCGUUCUCAAUCGCUAAGUCGUCCCGUUCAUUUCGUAGAGCAAAUCACCACCUCCGUCUAGGAGCGGGCGGGCUGACUUAGAGUUAUUUUGUAGUGUACUCCAGUUACGUGAAUCGAAUUCCGAAUUGUCACUUCUUUCUAGUCUUUUGUCGUAGUUAGUAGCACGUGCUAAAAUCCAAGUCGAAAAAUCCCACAAAGAAAAAAGAAAAACACAAACAACAAAAAACAAAAUAAAAGUCGCAACUUGAUGAAUUUUCUAAAAACUCUAAACCUAUUAUGAUAUACAAUACUAUUCUGUGCGGUUUCAGCGCAUUGAAUUUGUCGAUUUCUAAAACAUAAACUAAGAUUAAUAAAACUCACACACACACACACCUACACAAACUCUCUCACACUAACACAC